GCAACAACAACAAGCGGCAACAGCAGCAGCCGCCACCAACGCAGCAGCAACCUGAGCAAGAUAAACACGCAAAACAAAGCGAACUGGGUCAGUAAGCGAAAGGAGAAGAACGAGGGAGGAGAAAGAAGAGAAGGAAAAGGAGGAGGGGGAGGAGUGGAAGGAGCAGAGGCCGAAGAAGCAGCCAAAAGGAGGCUCAGCUAGAAGACGGCAAGCAAAAAUGCUGCAUGUGCUGCAGUUGAAAUGUGUAGCAUACUUGUCAGCGUUAAAGGGUGUGUGCGACGACCAAGCGGAAAUUAACUUUGGUGGAUUGAAAGUCGAUUUUGGAAAACAAUAGCACAGCCAUGGCAGCAGCUGCAGCAGCAGGAGCAACAUUAACAAAAGCCAAGCUCAAGGAGCCGAAGAGCAACAAGAAAUCUAAUUACCGACCAACAAUAAGGUCAAAUCCUGUUCAUGAUGAUGAUGAUGAUGAUGUUACAGCACUUCCGCUGUAUUUGCCCAGGCGGAAAUGAGGCGCAAUAUGUCCUUCAGUCAACAAAGAACGGCGAAACUAGCUGAAAUACUCACCUGAAAUACCGGAGGUACCAACAAAAUAGCUGAAAAUUCCUUUUAUUCCCGGGAAUUUAAUUAAAGCUUAAAACAGAAAAAACAAGAAGGGGUUUCAGGCAACAAAAGGGCAGUGCCCGACGGCACCGAGGUGGCCCAUAAAUCCACCAUCCAUGCAGCUGCAGCUGCUGGCCCACGUCCAUUGGCCAAUUAGCUGCUGCAACGGCCAACAGCAAUCGUUUGGGCCCCAUUGAGCAACGCUCCUACUCCGCCUCACUGAUGACUGCCGCCAAAAGACGUGCGGGUAGCAGCGGCAGUGGCAGCAGCAGCAGUAGCCAUGGCAAUGUGCAACAGCAACAGCAACACCAGUCCCUGCAGCAGCAGCACCACCACCACCAGGAGUAUCAGCAAUUGCUGCAGCAUCCGCAUCAUCACUACCACCAGCACUACAGCAGCAAUGGGAGCACCAGCCACUCGAGCAACAUCAUCAUCGGUGGCCACACCAAUGCUACCCACAGCAGCAGCAGCAGUAGCAACGCCACAAGCAACAGCAACAGCAAUCCCCAGCAAUACCACCAGAGACAGCAGCCACAUCAGGCGACACUGCGCGAUUGCUCUGUCAAAUUGCCGCUGGAUAUCCUAUGGCUACCGAAAUCGGCCAUGCGACCGGCCGGUCCUGAUGCCUCGCCCACCGAUUGCAUCCUGGUGGUGGGCGUGUCCCGUCCCAAAUUGGCCGUUGUCUUCCUUACGGUCAUGUUGAUAUCGCUGUUCCUCACCUUCCAUGUUCUGUACGAUAGUGCCGUGUAUAAUAUCCAGGCUGCCCAGGCCGUCCACGAGCGGCAUCGCCUCUCAUUGGCUGCCUCAGCAUCGGCCUCGGCUUUGGGCGGCAGCGGCAGCAGCUCCUCCUCCUCGUACUCCUCCUCAUCAUCGGGUUACUCUAGCUCCUCGGGAUCCUACUCCUCCUCCUCCUCCAGUGCGGGAGGGAACUCCAAUCAUCUGCCGGUAUUUGUGAAGCCAGUGCCCAGUUCCAAUCAGCUAAGCCAUCCCAUGGUCUUUCCAUCGAGUCGUGUGCACUUUCCCAAAACCAGUCGCCGGCUGCCACAGGCCCUCAUCAUUGGGGUGCGAAAAUGUGGAACUCGAGCCCUGCUGGAGAUGCUCUACCUGCACCCGAGAAUCCAAAAGGCAGGCGGCGAGGUGCACUUCUUCGACCGGGAUGAGAACUACCUGAAGGGUCUGGAAUGGUAUCGCAAGAAGAUGCCGCACUCCUUCCGCGGCCAAAUAACCAUCGAGAAGAGUCCCAGCUACUUUGUUUCACCAGAGGUUCCAGAACGAGUGCGUGCCAUGAACGCCAGCAUCAAGCUACUGCUGAUUGUCCGUGAGCCUGUCACCCGGGCCAUUUCAGACUAUACGCAGCUGCGUAGCCAUGCGGCCACCGCCAUCCUGCCCCUGGCCGAGAAGGAUCCCCCGCUACCGAAUCAGAGUCCAAGCACCCGGGAGAGUUCCGGCGGUGGAGCCACAGUCACCGCCACCUCUAGUGGCGCAGCUGCCAAGAUGUCGUCCUCCUCGCAAUCGCUGCUAUAUGCCAAACUGCAGUCGGCCCGGGGCUAUGACAAUGCUCUGGUGGGUGGCAGUGGGGCUGGUGCCAAGGAGACCAAAGCCAGGACAUCAUCAGCCUCGGUCAGAAGGGGUGCUAGUAGUAGUGGUGGUAAUGGUGGAGCGGCAAUGACCACGACAACUCUGUCGCCAAUGGCAAGCGCCGCCCAAAUGGCAGCCAAGUCCUUCGAGGAGCUGGCCAUAUUUCCCAACGGCACUGUUAACGAGGCUUAUCGACCGCUCAGCAUCUCCAUGUACCAUGUCCACCUGCAUCGCUGGCUGGAGGUCUUUCCGCGAGAGCAACUUCUGGUGGUCAAUGGUGACCGGCUCAUCGAGGAUCCGGUUUCCCAGCUAAAACGCAUUGAGGCUUUUUUGGGCAUUGAACACCGCGUGAAAAGCGAACACUUUUACUUCAAUGAAACCAAAGGCUUCUACUGCCUGCGCUAUGACAAUGGCGAUCGCUGCCUCCGCGAGACCAAAGGACGUAAGCAUCCACAUGUGGAUCCCGUGGUGGUCUCCAGAUUACGCAGAUUCUUUGCCGAAUACAAUCAGCGGUUCUAUGAGCUGGUGGGCGAGGAUCUGGGCUGGCCAGAGGAAUAAAAACGAGGACAAGGACCAGGACCAGGACCAAGACCAGGACAAGAAAUCGAACUCGAAAGCUUGGCCCAUAAAUCUCUCGGUGGUCAAUGGUCCGGCGAUUUAAUUACAAGGAGGCGGGAUUACAGAAGGCAGGAAAAGCAUGUGGAAAAGCGUGGAAAAAUAAAGGCAACUUUUACCGUUUGCAUACGCAGCAAGAGAGGGGGGGGAGAGGCGUAAAGGAGGUGGGCCAUAUUUCUGCCUGGUUGGUUGCAACUCGCACAGCUCCUCCUCUGACAGUUCAAUUAUGCGCGCGUAUUGAAAAAUUGCAUUCCAAUUUUCGCAACGCCACGGCAGGAACGCCCUUAACACAGGGAAAGACGAGAAAAUAAAGUAAAUAAAAUCAGUAAAAAAAAAGGAGUAAAAAAGGAGUAAAAAAAGGUGCAAAAAAGUAGC